AUGGCGCUGCAUCUCUGCUUUCCGGGCCAGCGCAAGGAUUACACUCUGUCCAUGCUGAAGCAGCAAAGUGACUUCCAGCACCGUGUGGAGCACCUGCUCACCGUCCACGUGGACUCCAAGGACAUUCGUGGUGUGGAUGACUGUGUGGCACGGCUGAAGAUGAUGGAUGCACAGGGACGGGUCUGGGGACAGAACAUGAUCCUGCAAGUGAGGGACCAUGAGCUGCUGUUGAGCGACAUCGAGACCAAGGAGGAGUUGGAGAGCUUCCCCCUGGAGAGCGUCCAGGAGUGCGCUGCCGUCCUCAACCGCUGUGUCUACAAUUCCAUUCUGGCCGUCACCGUGAGGGAGCAGAGCCAGCACAGGAACAGCAUCCUCCUCUUCCAGUGCGAGCAGUUGGGGGCAGAGCUGAUGAAAGCCAGCUUGGAGAAGGCUGUCAAGGAGUGGAAAGGGGAACGGGAGAGUCAGGAUGUGCUCAGGAGCAGUUUGGAGACCAUGCUGUCCCAGCAGAGCCGAGGGUCCUUCCACAGCAACCCCCCACGUACCAGCCAGGAUAGGUGGGCUGGACUGCCAGAGCCAGACCCCUUUAUUCCCCCCACACCACAACGGUGGCAAAGCCAAGACCAGGUGCCCCGGAAUCCCCCAGCCUCCAUGGAUUAUGCGCCUGACCAGCCGCGGCCCCCAAAGCCGAGAGAUGAGUGGAUAGAUCCUGGCUUGCAGGCAAUGCAGGACUUCGACAAAGACACUGAAAUCCUGAACCACGUGCUGAGUGACAUCGAACUCUUUGUGGGGAAGCUGAAGGAGACGAGCAGCUCGCCGAGCAUCAAGAAGAAGUCGAAGAAAAAGGACAAGGAGAGAGGAGUGCUGCCCCCAGAGCCUGAGUAUGAGACCUGCUUCCAGAAGAUCAAAUACGCCAUAAACCUGCUGGGGAAGCUGAAAUCUAAGCUGCAGCAGCAGCCACCCAGUGCCCCAGAACUGGUUCGAAUCAUCUUCUCCACCCUCUCCUUUAUUUUAUCCAACUGUCCCUGGCCAAACCUGGCUUCUUCCAUUGUUUCCCCUCUGCUGACUGAGGCAGCCAUCGACCUCCUGGACGAGUCUUUGGAGAAAAAGGACCGUGACACCUGGAAGAGUUUGGGCAAGGCUUGGCACACAACGAGGACAGAGUACCCAGGCGGACAGUUCAUCCCUCCCUACAUCCCCAUCUUCUCAGAUGGGUGGGUGCCCCCCCUGCCGACCCAGAGGGAGAACACCACUCACCUGGAGAGGCAGCCCCUGGGAAGCCAGAACCACGCCGCACCCAGAGGUCCUCCUAGUCCCCCUCAGCGCAUGCAAGCCAUGUACGAAUUCCAGGCCCGGAACAACAAGGAGCUGACAGUCAUGAAAGGGGAACUGCUGGAGAUUCUAGAUCAGAGGAAGAAGUGGUGGCUUGCUAGAAACAGUGCCGGAGAGAGGGGCUAUAUCCCAAACAACAUCGUGGGGCCAGUGGAUCAGGAGCCUGCGGAGACCAGCAUGAACCAAGCGCCAAGCGGCUCCCCUGUUCUCCAGCAGCACUCCACGCCGGCGGAGGUGACGGCCUGGCUGCGGGACAUAGGCUUCUCCAAGAUCACGGUGGUGCCUUGGGUGCUCAAUGGCAACCAGCUGCGGGGAUGA